AUGGGAGACAUGGAGUUCGCUAAAGCUCAUAAUUCUGCAAUUUUUCUUGAAGAUCCUCCUGGAGGCCACAGUCACUUGAAAUUCAUCGUGGAUGGUUUGAAGAAAUCAUGCUUGGUUCAUUGCUUAACUAUAAAUCCUGCUAUCUACCAAAGUUUGAUUAAGGAUUUCUGGAGAAAUGCUGAUGUAAAGAAGAAUGAUCGAGGUGAAAAUUUUCUGGAAACAACAAUCGAAGACAAGAAAAUUCUAGUAACAGAAAGCAUCAUCAGAGAAUCUCUUCAAAUUGAGGACAGACCUGAGUACCCCAUGGAGAUUGACGUUCAUCAAAUUGAGAAAAGUUUAGAGCAUAUGGGAUACGAAGGAACUUUUCCUCCUACAAUCAAAAAGCUGCUUCCUCAAUGCUGGAAGCUUUUGGCUCAUGUGUUCGUGAGUUGCAUUUCUGGCCGGAGAUCAGGAGCUAACGAGAUUUCUCUAGCCAACACUGUUGCCAUUACUGCACUGGCGACAGGUUUUGAGUUUAAUUUCUCAAAAUUCAUAAUGAAUGAAAUGAUACUAAAUAUUGAAGGAAGAAAAAGAUACAAAUUUUGUAUGUAUCCAAGAUUUUUACAAAUCAUCCUUAACGUAACUCACCCCGAGUUGCAGAGAGGAAAUGAUACUCUGGAUUUUAAAUCCAUUGGUCCAAGUGCCUUUGGAUUAAUGAAGCAAAAGAGAGGCGGAAAAUUCGUAUUUGAAGGAAAAUUUCCAUUAAUAAAAUUUGUAAUUUUUAAAGAGGAUGUCAAAGAAGAAUCAGCAGAUCAAUCCAUGCCAAUGGAAAAUGAAGAUAUUUCUCUCUUCCCCUCCGAGUCUGAAGUAGAGGAGAUUCAUCACUCUCCCACAGCUUAUGUAGCUGAUGAGCAUGAUAAUCAGAUAGCAAAUGAUCCAAAAUCUUCUCGAGAGGAUGAUGACGAUGAUCUUUAUGAAGAUGUGGAAUUUUUGAAAGAAAUCGACUUUACAGGAAUCAAUGACUACAUCCCAACAAACAUAGAAUUUGAUUUUGGUGAUGAAGAUUUUGAUCCUUUUCUUAACAUUCCCAGCAGCCGUGUAAAUAAAGUCAAUGAAGUUUAG